GGGGCGGGGGUAAAGCACUGGCUGAGCUCCUUCCCCUCCCGAGUGCCGGAAACCCAACUCCUCCGAAUUCUAGCCUGCUGUGGCCCCGUGAUCCUGCCCCAGGCAGAUAGCGUGGGCGGGGCCCUUAUCUGCAAACUCUGGAACCAGGCUUUCCAAUGGGCCGGACGGUGGUGGUGCUUGGUGGAGGUAUCAGUGGCUUGGCUGCCAGUUACCACCUGAGUCGAGCCCCCUGUCCCCCUAAGGUGGUUCUAGUGGAGGGCAGCAAGCGUUUAGGAGGCUGGAUCCGCUCAAUCCGAGGGCCUGAUGGUGCCAUCUUUGAACUUGGACCUCGGGGAAUUAGGCCUGCUGGAGCCCUGGGCGCCCGGACCCUGCUCCUGGUUUCUGAGCUUGGCCUGGACUCAGAAGUGUUGCCUGUUCGCGGAGACCAUCCAGCUGCCCGGAACAGGUUCCUGUAUGUUGAUGGCGCCCUGCACCCUCUACCCACUGGCCUCAGGGGGCUACUCCGCCCUUCACCCCCCUUCUCCAAACCUCUGUUUUGGGCUGGGCUGAGGGAUUUGAUGAAGCCCAGGGGCAAAGAGCCUGAUGAGACUGUGCACAGUUUUGCCCAGCGCCGCCUUGGACCUGAGGUGGCAUCUCUAGCUAUGGACAGUCUCUGCCGUGGAGUAUUUGCAGGCAACAGCCGUGAGCUUAGCAUCAGGUCCUGCUUUCCCAGUCUCUUUCAAGCUGAGCAAACCCAUCGUUCUGUAAUACUGGGCCUCCUGCUGGGGGCAGGUCAGAGGCCACAGCUGGACUCAGCACUUGUUCGCCAGGCUCGUGCUGAACGCUGGAGCCAGUGGUCACUUCGUGGAGGGCUGGAGAUGUUGCCUCAGGCUCUUGACACCCAUCUGACUGGUAGAGGGGUCAGUGUUCUCAGAGGCCAGCCAGUCAGUGGGCUCAGCCUCCAGGCAGAAGGGCGCUGGAAGGUGUAUCUAGGGGACAGCAGUCUGGAGGCUGACCACAUUAUUAGCGCCAUUCCAGCUUCAGUGCUCAGCAAGCUGCUUCCUGCUGAGGCUGAACCACUGGCUCGUGUCCUAAGUACCAUCACUGCUGUGUCUGUAGCCGUAGUGAAUCUACAGUACCAAGGAGCGCAUCUACCUGUCCAGGGAUUUGGACAUUUGGUGCCAUCCUCAGAAGACUCGAGUGUCCUGGGAAUUGUGUAUGACUCAGUUGCAUUCCCAGAGCAAGAUGGGAAACCCUCAGGCCUCAGAGUGACUGUCAUGUUGGGAGGUUCCUGGUUACAGAAGCUGGAGGCUAGUGGCUGUGUCUUAUCUCAGGAGCUGUUCCAACGGCAGGCACAGGAAGCAGCUGCAACACAACUGGGACUUAAGGACCCACCAAGUCACUGUUUGGUCCAUCUACACAAACACUGCAUCCCCCAGUACACAUUAGGCCACUGGCAAAAACUGGAGUCAGCCAUGCAAUUCCUGACUGCUCGGAAGUUGCCACUAACUCUGGCUGGAGCCUCCUAUGAGGGAGUUGCUGUCAAUGACUGUAUAGAGAGUGGGCGCCAGGCAGCAGUCACUGUCCUGGGCACAGAGCCCAACAGCUGAUCACCGACUUCCACUCAUGGAAAUAAACGUUGCUGGAGCUGA